GACGUCACGCCUGUAACGCUGGAGAGCAAAAUGUCUGAACAGAGGUGUGAUUGUUCCUCUCUGCCUUCGACACCACUGAACCCCUGGCUCUCUUCAAGUUAACGGCGAGAGUAAAGGGAAGCUGUCCAACUAACGGAAUGUCGCGACAAACAGAGGGAACAGCGAGUUAUUCGGUACAUGUUCGUCAGUGACACGUCGGACGAUGAUAAACGGCCAGCCAACUCGUCCAGAAUAGCCCGUUUGUUCUUUGACAGUUAUCCGCCUCUCAGCUGUUUGCUACCGGUACAUGUCGGUAUUUAUCCGCCAGGUGAAGUGGCCGGUGACCUGCUGUAUGACAGCCACGUCAGCUAGUUUAACGCUUUAUCUCUAGUCUGUUGUUUAGCCAGGCCCGUGCCCCCGGCUUUGUUUUUUAAUUUAUUUUGUUCAAAUAGAACUUGUAGGGUAUUUUACUCGGACAAUGUCUCCGAUGGGAAUCCGGCUGUCACCCCUGGGUUUGGGGCUGUUCUGCCUACUGGGAGUCGGGGUCAUCUACCACCUGUAUGCCGGGGUCAUCUCCAACCACAUCGCUGCUUUCAGGCAGCGGAGGACGGUGGACCUGAGGGACUUGCUGGCUGUCUCAGUGGAGGCUGCGCUGCUCGGUGGCACAGAGGUGAAGAAGGUGCGUGAUGAAAAUAGCCUGAACGAGAAGUCAAAGGGCAAGACGAAGGAGGGAGCCAAUGAGCUUCUGACUACAGGCGACCUGCAGUCUCAUAGGAAGAUGUUCAACCUUAUAAGUAACACCUUCCCCGAAGUCACGGUGAACAGUGAGGAACAUGACAACACACUGGAUAAGGCUGCAGCCUGGAGCCAGAAGAUUCCAGCCGACAUACUGGAAAAAGUAGAGGGGGGUAGGGACGUUCCUGCGGAGAGCGUCACCGUGUGGAUCGAUCCUCUGGACGCUACACAGGAAUACACAGAGAAUCUGGUGAAGUUUGUGACCACCAUGGUGUGUGUGGCUGUAGAUGGUAAACCAGUCAUUGGGGUCAUACACGUGCCAUUCACUGGCUUCACUGCCUGGGCGUUUGUAGGUCAGGGGUCAAAUAUGAGAGCCCGGUCCUCCUACAGUGUCAGCACCCCCAAGGCCAUUGUCUCCCGUUCCCACUCCGGGAAAGUGAAGAGUUUUGUUCAGGAUGCUUUUGGAAACUCCACAACAAUCAUAGAAGCAGGAGGCGCUGGAUAUAAGGUCCUGUCACUUUUAGAGAUGCCUUCAAGUGAAACCAUUCCCAUGGACCAGGCAGACGUUUACAUCCAUGUCACCUUUAUUAAGAAAUGGGACAUAUGCGCCGGUGCAGCACUACUGAGCGCUCUGGGAGGCCACAUGACCACGCUAAAGGGAGAGGACAUCGACUACAGCGGCACAGCGCUCAACAAAGGAGGCCUGGUGGCCAGUGUGGGGGUGGACCAUAAGGCCUUAGUGAAGAAACUUCCAGAGUGGGACCCUGAGAAGCACUGAGACACACACACACACACACACACACACACACACACACACACACACACACACACACACACACACACACACAGAGCCAUUAGUGCUGUGCUCGGGUUGUUCUCAGGGCAACAUGUGAAUGAAUAAGCUGUAAACGUGACCAUGAGAUCUCAUCAUCGUGGGACACAAAGAAUCUGCCAAUAAGAAGAUAGGAGUCACUGAGCAAGACUGUAGAGCAAACACGGUCUGCCACUGGACACUGCAAUGGCUCUGAACAUACACACUCCCGGCUUGGAGAACCAGUACACACAAACACACACUCACAGUGACCACUGGAGGCCCUUCCGCUUUGAAGACAAUACUCCAACACAUUACAACAGAACUUCGGAGACAGACAUUUUUCAUCAGGGUCAGUCCUACCUUCAUCACAUGAGAUUCCAGUGAACAAACAUGAGUAACGGCCCGUGUCCACAUCGCGCCUUUUUCUAGCACUUUUUUAUUGUUUCUAUAACAACGAUAUGUCAAAAACAGCUGUUCUAAGACCGACUAGCAUUAUCAUCUGUUAAUGCUACUAUAUAUAUUUUCACUAUAAGCACCAACCAGAAGGUUCCUUCUCUAAUACUUUGAGUGAAUGCUGUGACCGCUCAGGUUGACAGCCAUAUAGCAAGGGAAGAGGACGGUGAAGUCCAACAUUCACCGGCAGCAACAUCUGGUGGCCACCUGGCAGAUCUGCUCCAACAAACAGGCUUUUGGGUUUUUUGGGAUGAUAGUUUCCGUCGUUCAGACACGGCUAAACACAAGCUUACAGUUACUUCACCAGAGCUUUUCUGAAAAGUUUUAAGAAUGUUCAACUCGAAGCGCUCUGAGCGGCCGCACAAAAAAGCUGGAGUGCUCUGAAAACAGACGCUGGGUGCUUCGGCUGCCUGUUCUCAUCGGAAUCAAUUUUAAACAGACGCUGGCGUUCAGAAAAAGGCGCUUUGUGGACACUGGCCUUAAGGAACACAUUUAUUCCAGACAGGCAGGGUGUCCGUGAAAGCACCAUCAGCUGUGAAACAACAAGCUCAAAUUAUUUCAGACAGCCAAGGUUUAUGUUACCCCUUCACCAGCACUGUCAUACCACAACAAUCAGCCCAACUCUCUCAAACUUCCGUGUCGUGUGUUUUUAAACUGAUUUGACCUUUGCUUCAAAGAUCUAUUUAACCCUUGUGCCCUCCUCGAAUUUUCAACCUUUCGACCCCUUCGUGGCAAAAAUGUACACGCCCAUAAUAACU